AUGGACAGUGCUGAAUUUCAUGCUGCAGUGUACGAUGCUGUGAGGCACAUCCCAGUGGCUCGUGUUACUUCUUAUGGCCACAUCGCCAAACUCAUCGGUAUGCCUACAUACUCGCGACACGUCGGUCAAGCACUCAAGUUCACGGCGCCUGACGCGGAUCCGCCUGUGCCGUGGUAUCGCGUCAUUUCAUCGACAGGCGCGAUAUUGUCUCGCGGGCCCGGAACAGAUGGAGCGCAACGGCAAAGAGAGGCCUUGGAGGCGGAAGGCGUAGAGGUCUCUGAUCCUGGAUUGAAGGUCGAUCUGAGAACAUGGGGAUGGUUCCCCGAUAACCUAGAAGGGGAGGCUUGA